AUGUGGACGGAGAAGGAAAGACUGACAAAUGGAUACCCGGGUGUACCGCAUGCUAUCGUCGCGGACAAUGAUGUUAUUCGUGUUUCGUUGAGCUACGAAAGAACUACCAAAGAAACAAUCGACAAUGCCUUCAAACUUUUGAAAAACAUGACUGAACAGUACAAAAAACGUAAAGACGAUCCAAAGUUGGUGACAGCUCAAUCAUUCAGUAAAGUAGUAAGCAGCUCUGAAUUGCCGAUUACCAUGGAUGCUGAUUUGGAGAUUGGGCCAUCAACAACUCCACCAGCAGGAGAUGCGGAGCAGGUGCCAACUGCCCUCAGUGCCGCGUCAGCACUCCUAUCACAAGUACCCAGUUCUCAGCCAUCGAAGAACUCUGAAUCGUCUACGACGGAAUCGCAGAAGGCGUUGAAUGUGCAGCCCAGUACAACUCCACCCGCUACUAUUUCGUCACAAGCUUCGAACUCUCAGCCAUCAAAGAACUCUGAACCAUCUAUGACGGAGGCACAAAAGGCAUCGAAUCUGAAGCCCGGUACUACUCCAUCCGCCAAUGUUUCCAGUGCUCAACCUUCUGCUCCGCCUAAAGAGAUACUGUCGAAGAAAUAG